AUGGAGCGACGCCUUCAUCGCACGGCCAUGGCACAGGUGUUGGAUGCGCUGAAUGUGCAGCGGAAGGCUGCCCUGCUCUCCCUGCCGCUUGAGGCGUCUCUGUCGACGAGUCCUGCGUGUCCUGCGCCACCGUCGCCGGCGUCGCGGCUGCUCAGCAGCCAACUGGACACGGAAAAGGCGCUAAUGCCGUUUCUGCGUGACGCGGUUGUGCGGGCCCUUGAGCCCUCGCCGCAGGCUCGUGCGGGCGGCAAGACGACCUCCGAGUGGCCUGAGGUCGGCACCUUGAUGGAGGGCCGCCGUCUCGUCGGCAUCGAUCUCGCCUGCACGCGACUGUCCGGCACGUUUAACCGCAGCGACCUCUCCGGGGCCGACUUGACUGGCGCCUUUGCGGACCACAGCACGUUUAACUUGGCCCGAAUGCAGGGCUGCAGUUUGGCAGGCGCGCAGUUUCAUUCCUGCACUUUCCUCGCGGCUGACGCUGCGGGCGUGGAUGCGCGGCGUGGGCGCUUUUCGCAGUGCGUCUUCUGCCGCGCCAACUUGAUCGAUUGGGACGUGCGUGGGGCGUCCUUUUACCGCUGCGUCUUUACCAUGAGCGACCUGAGCAGGUGGGUGUACGACGCCCAGACGACGGUGAUGGAGCCGGUGGAUUGGGGCCGUUGCCGGCGCCUCGACUGGACGACCCCCGCGGCCGGGUGCGGGGAUUGCCGCGUGGUGGGCAAAGCCGGCGGGGCCCUUUCGCUGCCUCCCCGAGCACCGCCACCCCUGCGCAGCUGA